GUAUGGCUAAGACUCGAGAGACUUCUUUAGCAGCAUCUAGGCAAACCACUAGGAGUGACAAAGGCAAGGGAAAGGCGAAUACGAAUGAGAAAAACCCCGAGGUGCUGCCAGAGUCCAAGUCUAGGAAGAGGCAUAGGGCUUCCUAUGAGGCUAUUAUAGCAGGUAAGGUUGCUACCUGUGAGUGUAUGGUGGACUAUAGGAGCCUAGGGAAGGUGGUGCCAGUUCAUCGAAUUGUAAAAUUGGGUCUAGAGUUUUUCUUUCAGAAGGUUGAUGGUUAUAUUUUGUCACUGUGUAGAGAGUUCUAUAGUGAUUUGAGAGAGGUGGAUGGGGACCUUAGGAUCUUGAGGAUGACAAUGAAAGGCCAGAUUAUACAAGUACACCUAAUACAAUAA